CUUGUCAAAACACCCACGAGACGAGUAAAGUCACUAGUGUCAUGUAAACAAAGAUUGUUCAACUUUGUAUUGUCUUUAACCAGUCAUUGUGGGUUUGGAUAGAAGUUCAUGACUUUCGUCUUUGCACGAACUCUACGUCACGUUGCUGUAAUUUUGUAGUCAAAACUCAUUUUAUUACAGCCAACCCGAGUGUCUUCUUGUGAUUCUUAGUCUUCUUAGUAACUUGUCCAAAUAACUCGUCUAAAAGUGGUUUAGAUAAUGACUUGGUGUGAACACUGAACUGACAAUACUACAACUCUUCGUUCACUACUACUACUCACCAGUUGUAGUGCUAGGACUAAAAAUGUAUCUGAAUCUGUCCAAGUUUAAGUCAAGUAGUAACAUAGUAAAAAAUAAAUCACUCAGUCAGCCUUUAUAAUUUAUUAUCAUUGAUAAUUAAACUAUAUACUUUAUAUACACUGACUCGGUCACUGAGACUGCUUUCACUGAACUCAGGGCGGAGUCAAGCGAAUUUAAUUUAGUCAGUAGAAAAAUAGAAUUAUUUAGCCUACUAAAACGAGUAUGCCUUACAAUAAUGCAUACCGUUUUAUAACCUUAAAAAACUGCCAGUUGCUGAACCAAGUCUAUAAACAUUGCAACCAGAAGCAAAGAAAAAUAUUGCAACUGUUCAGACUUCCUAAUAUUUUUAUUAGAUACUACAGCAGCUCCAAUGCUAAAAAUUAUAGUGGAGAAUCAAGACUUCGUUUGUUCACCUUUGGUUGUGAUUCCGAUAAAAAUGUAUCAAGAAGUAUUUCUGAUUCACAUGGACAUGGCAGUCAUGGACAUGACUUGAAAAACCAGGUAAUGCGUGAAAAUUUAUUUUGUGACUUAAUUUGUGAGGCAAUGUCAAUGACAUGUCAUAUUUAUUCUAACUCUGAUUAACUUUGUAAGAGUUUCAAAGUAUAUAAACAAUCAAUUUCAGAUAGAUUUUGGUAUAUUGUUUGAUGUGGAUGGAGUACUUGCAAAAGGAAGUUUUCCACUUGAUCCUGCAAAGAAGGCAAUGGCAAAGCUGAAAGAUUCUGAAGGAAAUUUUAAAGUACCUGUGGCAUUUGUAACCAAUUCAAGCAGCAGAAGUGUUGAUAAAGCACACCAAAUUGGGAAUUGGUUUGAUAUUACUGCAAGUAUAAUUAAAUAAAACCUACCAAACAUAAAAUUAUUCUAUAUCUUAAAAUAGAAAUUACUAAAAACUGAAUAUUUUGAAGUUUAAAUGCUAAGGUUGUACCGGUAUAGUAUAUUUGAAGAAAAAUUGAUAAAAAGUACCUGUAAUAUAUUAUGUUACAUAAUUUGUGUCACAGUUUCAUAUUGAUUCAUACAACUGUAGAAAAUAUAUUUUAUUCUGUAGACAAUCAUUCUAAUUGAUAUGGUCUGCUGGUAAAUGUAUACUUGUACAACAAACGUGUUUCUGUAACAGCUUUAUAAGAUUUUAUCUACCAUUUUUUAAAACUUUUGUUCCAUAGGUCCUCCCAGAGCAUGUCAUUGUUGCUCCAACUCCUGUCAAAUUACUUCGGGAAUUCCAUGAUCAGUACACUUUAGUCAUUGGUCAGCAACACAAAUGUGAGAUUGCACAUGAGUAUCCUUUUCGUAGAUUAUUUUAUGAUUUGCAUAUGCUGGACUUAUGGGGAGAUAGUCAACACUAACAGUGUUUUUAAAAAACCUUAAGCAAAUAAGUCAGAAUGUUGUUAUGGUAGCAUGGAAUACAAUGCUCUGUUCAUGCUGUUCCAUCUGAUAAAAUAUAUUUACAUUAUAUCCUGUAUAGAUCUUUUUUAUUAACGUAAAAGUAGUGAUCUUAUUCAUACAUGAGGUAAUAAAAUGUAUUUGGGUUUAAUAUUCUUAACCUAAAACAUUCUUGGUUUUAAAAAUGUGUGCACCAUUGAAGAUUUAAAAGAGGCUUACCCACUCCUGGACAUGGUAGAUCAUAAAAACAGAGUCAAAGUGGUAAGUUAUUGAGCUUUUUAUGAGACACAAAUGACCACUACUUUAAAAGUUGUUCUUUUUAAAGUCAGAUUUUUAAUAAUUAUUAAAUCAGUCGUUCAUGAAAUGUGUAUGAAUUAUUAAUUAAAAAUUGCGUACAUUCUGUGAAGUUAUCUUUGAUUUUUCUACCCUUUUGGACAAUGUGAUUAGGCAAGCAAGGAGUUUGAAGAGUACAAAGUGAAUCCUUAUUUCCCUAAAGUUGAUGGUAAGUGUUGUCCUCUCCAAAUUAUACCAUAUUAAUUCACUAUUUAUCUGGUCUUCAACAUUCCAUUUCCUGAUAUGCAUAAAAAAAUUGUCUAUAUAUUAUAACUUGGACAUUUUAAAAUUAAAAUUUAGUUAGUCAAGAAUUAUUGGGAAAAUAAAAGGUUUAAUUUUUUAAUUAAUUGCUAAAAAUAAAAUCGUUAGCCACAUUUAAAACGUUGCAAUGAAAUAGUUCAAAUAGUAUCAUUUAUUCUAGAUAUUAAUUCAGUUUUUCUUAUCAUGCAACACCUUAAUUUGCAAUCUUUCUAUAUAGACAUACCGCGCAUGGUGUAUACAUUCUUACCUUCAAAGCUAAUUUUCUCCUUUCUCUUUGCUACAGUACCGGUACUUAAAUAAAUAAAAAAAGUUGUCUGUUGAUAAAAGAUUCUUGCCAAGACAUUGGUUGCUUUUUUAUUCAAGCUUUAACACACCCUGUGUUUUAUAAAAUAUAAGCCUGGGAUCGUUUCUGACUUUAUUAUUUAUAAGAAUAUAAUUUGUUUAGUCAUCCUUGUGAUUGGAGAACCUUGUCAUUGGGAAACGGACCUGCAGAUCCUGAUUGACCUGUUGCUGACCGAGGGUGAGCCGAACAAGCCACUGAAAGAUCCUCUUGAAGUCUCUCAAGUUUCGGUCAUUGCCUGUAAUAUGGAUUUGGUGUAUAGCGCAGAAGCCAGCAUGCCACGCUUUGGUAACGGGGCGUUCCUUUUGUGCCUUGAAACACUUUACAAGGUACACAGUUUGUUUAUUAAGAUAAAAAAAUGUGUGUUUUAUUGAAAUUAUGUUAGUUAUCAAUGUAGCCAGUGUGUUGUAAAAAAAAAGUGUGUUUUAUGUACCUUGGUAGAAAUUAAGUUAGUUAUUAAUGUAACCAGUGGGUUGUAAAAAUAUGUGUUUUAUCUACCCUGGUAGAAAUUAUGUUAGGUAGUUAUUAAUGUAGCCAGUUGGUUGUUACAAAAUUCAAUAAAACAGCAAAGAAAAAAACCCAAGCAUUUUUGGAAAUAAAUUUGGACCUUUCUUUGGGCAAUUUGAACACACGAUCCACAAACUUAGGAUAUUUAUAGUGGAUUUGAUUAUUAUAUGAUAAGAUCCUGUGUUUUAUACUUCUAUUUAUUUUACAAAUGGAGCAAAUUUAAUAACCACUACAUUAUGUUUAUGUGAAGUUGAGAAUACUUUAGUUAUAGUACCGGUAUUAUUGUUGGUAUAAAAGAUGAUACAACUACAAGUGUAAGAUAUAGGGGAGAUCCUACAAUUAUAAUAGGAUGUUAUUGAGUACAGGAGCAUAGAUUUGUAUCUACUUAAAUUUCUGUUGGCCUAGAUAUAAGAUAUAUCCUCUCAUUCAGUUGAUUCAUUGUUAUUGAGAUUUCAAAGCUCCUUGAAACAACACAGUUAACUGCAUGACACCACGUUACACAUGACACCACGUUACACAAGACACCACGUUACAUGUGACACCAUCUUACAUGUGACACCACAUUACAUUUGUCAUCUUUGUAUACUUGACAGAAAAUAACUGGAAAAGAACUGGUCUACAAAAGUCUUGUGGGGAAGCCCUGCGAAAUAACAUACAGAUAUGCUGAGCAUACUAUCGCCAAGAUUGCCAAACAAAUGGGUAUCAUUCAACCAAUCAAACGUCUUUAUUUCUUGGGGUUGGUAUCCAGUUUAAUCUUAAGUCCUUGAGCACAUUCCUUAAUCACUUCCCUCAUAUCUGAAUCUUUUCCUUAUAGAAGCUUGAACGCCCUGCUAUAAACAAGAGUCUUAAAAAAUAUGAUCCAGUGCUGUACACCAUGUGUAUGAUCCUGUGCCGUAACACCAUGUACAUGAUCCAGUGCUGUACCACCAUGUACAUGAUCCAGUGCUGUACCAACAUGUACAUGAUCCAGUGCUGUACACCAUGUACACACAAUGGGUACCGUACAAUAAAGUUAAAGUCUCUGUACGCUUGCUUACAACCCUAUAUAUGGACAAUCUCUAUUACGAUCUCAUAAGCAAAGAACCAUUCUUAAACUUAAACUUUGAUUGUCAAGGCUGAUUUCAUCAUACAGCCACUGCAUUCUGACAAAUAGUCAACUUCUGACAAUUCAAUAACUUGCUCAAUAACAAUGAGUUCAUGGCAUAAAAUAAAUGUUUACAACAAAUUUUAUCUAGCUUUGUCAAAGUCUAGGUUUAAAUCUUUGUUUAUUAAUCAUAAUCUUCAGAAAGUUAAUCACUUUUUUAAAUUUGAAAGAAAAUAGGUCUACCUUUUAAUUUGAAAGAAAGUAGGCCUACCUUUUAAUUUUCUGAGGAUGAUGAAAAUAAUAAAAUUCAAUGGAUAUAUCCUAAUUAUAAUCCAUAAUUAGUUUCUACAAUCGUUUUCUUACCAUUAGUGACAACCCCAAUGUUGACAUUGUUGGUGCUAACCUGUACAACCGCUACAUCAAAAGACAACAGACCAACACCAGAUCUGUCAACAUGCCUGCCUCUCGGCUGUUUCCUGUCACCGAUGAACUGGAAAAGCAAACGGUUGACCACAUCCAUGGCAUUUUGGUUGGCACCGGUGUGUACAGGUACAGACCCGCGGAGGAAAUCACUACAGAGACAAUCCAAGUGGAUCAUGGCCACAGAGAUUUUGAUAAUGAACCCGAGCUGUCAAGGCCACAUCAGUUUGUCCCUGAUGUCAAUGACGGCAUAGACUUUAUCUUUGGUAAAGAAGGCAUGCAAUAAAUUGAUGCCGAUUAAGUUUCUUUUUUUAGAAUGGUUACUUUGUAUUUACACAUGUUAACAUAAUUGAUAUUAAAUAUUAUCUCAGGGUUAUUGUUUGAAUUUCUAAUUUAUAUUAAUUGUUGUUAUUGCCUGUCUGGAUGAGUUACUGAAAUAAAAUUCUUUGAAAGACAUGAGAAACCAUGUUUUUAUUACAUUUAUCUAUAAAAUGUUGCAUUUAAAAUUCUGCUAUAUAAUUUUUAAAAAAUAACCACAU